UUUCGGCUUUCCUUCGAUUAACCCUCGUUCUGCCUACGGUAGUACGAAACAACCAAAUCGCCACCGCCCCCGCCGCUGCUCCGAUGGAAAACGCCGCGCCGGCGCGCGUCCAGGCCAUCGCCGAGGCCGGCGUGUCCCGUCUCCCAGCGCAGUACAUCCAGCCGCCCGAGCACCGCCCGACCCCUUCCUCCUCCGACUGUUCCGCCCGAGCGCUGGCCGUCCCGGUCGUCGACCUCUCGUCCGCCGCGGCGGCCGACGCCGUCCGCGCCGCGUGCGCCGACUGGGGCGCCUUCCACGUGGUCGGGCACGGCGUGCCGGGGGAGCUCCUCGACGAGGUGCGCGGGGCGGGCCUCGCCUUCUUCCGCGCGCCCAUGGGGGACAAGCUCCGGUUCGCCUGCGACCCGGCCAGGGGCGCCGCGGCGGAAGGGUACGGCAGCCGCAUGCUCGCCAACGACGACUCCGUGCUCGAUUGGCGCGACUACUUCGACCACCACACACUGCCCGAGUCCCGCCGCGACCCCGCCCACUGGCCUGACUUCAUCCCUGGAUACAGGGAUACUGUUGUGAAAUACAGCAACAGCAUGAAAGAUCUUGCUCAAAGAUUGCUGCAGAUCAUCUCUGAAAGUCUGAACUUACCACCAUCUUAUAUAGAAGAGGCGGUUGGAGAAGUUUACCAGAAUAUCACCAUUAGCUACUACUCUCCUUGUCCACAACCUGAUCUUGCUCUUGGAUUACAAUCUCAUUCUGAUAUGGGUGCAAUAACACUUCUGAUACAAGAUGAUGUGGGUGGGCUCGAGGUACUGAAGGAUGGAAUGUGGAUACCUGUGCCUUCUUUGCCUGAUGGGAUCCUUGUAAUUUUGGCUGACCAAACUGAGAUUAUCACCAAUGGAAUAUACAAGAGCUCUGUUCAUCGAGCUAUUGUCAAUGCUGAACGUGCCCGCUUGUCAGUAGCGACAUUCUAUGAUCCAUCAAAAUCAAGGAAAAUAUGCACUGCCCCGCAACUUGUGAGCAAGGACGAGCUACAAAAGUAUCGGGAUGUAAUCUAUGGUGACUAUGUCUCAUCUUGGUACAGCAAAGGUCCAGAGGGCAAGCGCAACAUUGACGCCCUCCUGAUUCAGCAGUAGAGCCAGAGGGGCCUAGAAAUAGGAUAGAAAGCCGUUCAUGUGUGUUCCAAUACAUGUCCAACAAAUCAAGUUGCCAAUCUUGAUGGAUAAAGAUAAGGAAAACAUCUUGUAUAAUGUAUACGGUGCAAUAAAUUACUGUGCCAUUGCU